AUGAAAAAACUAAAGUCCUACAUGAGCAACUGUAGCCGGGCGGUUCUCACAGAAACGGGCGUCAUCAUCAAAAGUCAGCAUUCACUUUCCCCGGAAGAUUCGAUGAAACUCAGCGAAAGUGAGUCUGUGGCCAAUCCGUUCGCGGAUGAGACAGAAGACACUCCUAGUGUUCGAACCAGCGCCGAAAGUACCUCACUAAUUAGCUGUGUCACUUGCUUGAGUGACAACAGCAGUGCAGACGAGGAAAACGGCGGGCGUUCGCUUCCAGCUAACACGCAGAUUCCUUAUGCAAAAAUACUUUACGCCCGAAAAGUAUGUGUUGUGAAAAACGAGUUUGCUCCUUAUAGAGACGAAACGAGCGAAAACCACAGCCCCGAGCCUACAGCCCCAGGAUCUGAGCUUCCAUCCGUGCUGGUCGAGGUCACUUUUGCCAAGACAAGACGGCAUAAUCUUGUGCCAAAAAAGCUUCUGCUAAGUUUUGAAACGAUGAUUCCUGAAGAAGACAUUGCAGAAGUGUUGAUGCAAAGAAGCUACAAAAACUCCAAGCGCGGCAGAUCCAUUCUCACAAUAAUAAAUCCGCAUGGUGGUAAGGGGCAGGCGAAAAAGCUGUUUGUGUCAAAAGUAAAGCCGAUUUUAGCUGCCAGCAAUUGCAUAUUGGAGGUACUCGAGACAAGCUACCGGGGCCACGCCAUGGAGGUGGCACAAAAUCUUGACAUUGACAAGUAUGACGUGAUUGCAUGUGCUUCAGGAGACGGGAUCCCGCACGAGGUGCUCAACGGUCUUUUCAAAAGAGAAGACCGCGCUGCUGCGUUCAACAAACUAGCAAUAACUCAGCUCCCAUGCGGUUCGGGGAAUGCUAUGAGUCUUUCAUGCCACGGAACGGCCAAUCCUACUUACGCGGCGUUAAGCGUGGUCAAGGCUCCUGAAGUAAAAAUUGAUUUGAUGUGCUGUACACAGCCUUCUUAUAAGAACGAGCACCGACUUUCUUUUUUAAGUCAGACAUUCGGUGUGAUAGCAGAGUCAGACAUCAACACAGAGUGCAUCAGAUGGAUGGGGCCAUCGCGGUUCGAGUUAGGAGUUCUGGUUAAUGUCCUACAGCGAAAAAAAUACCCAUGCGAUCUUUACGUGAAGUAUAGUGCCAAAUCAAAAAACGAUUUGCGGGAGCACUACAAUAUACACAAGAAAAAGCAGGAAUCUGAUGAUGAUGGCUCUUCUUCGGAGAAUUUGGACCAACGAAAUGUUCAAGAGUCAGAUUUUCAACUCACCUAUGACUUGUUUGAUCCUGUCCCUGAUGACUGGGAACUCCUUGACCCCGAAGUCACCGCCAAUCUCGGUAUUUUCUAUGCAGGAAAAAUGCCCUACAUCGCGCCAAACACCAAGUUCUUUCCUGCAGCGUUACCGAAUGACGGCUGUUUUGAUCUUGUUUUGACAGACUCAAGAACUUCAAUCACGAGAAUGGCACCAAUCUUGCUUUCUCUAGACAAAGGUCACCAUGUUUUGCAACCUGAAGUUAUACAUUCUAAAGUCACUGCUUACCGCUUGGUUCCCAAAUUGAAACAAAGCAUAAUUUCAGUUGACGGUGAAGCGUUCCCUUACGAACCGCUACAAGUUGAGGUACUACCUGGGUUGUGCAAGACAUUGUCAUACAAUGGGUCGUAUGUCGAAACAGACUUUGACUCGAUGUAG